CUACUGAGAUCGUGACGUCACAUCCCGUCUCUUUCGGGCACCACAGGGCUCCAGCAUGGCGGACACCGGUGUGGUGGAAACGUUUCUCCAGCGGAUUGAGAAGGUGGACGGCGGCGCGGACAGCCAGGAAGUGGCAGCCAGCCUCGGGGUGGACCACCAGGUUAUCGUCGGAGCUGUGAAGAGUCUUCAAACGCUUGGCGACGUUAUCUCAGCGGAGCUGCGCUCCUCCAAACACUGGGAACUGACCGAGGAGGGCACGGAGAUAGCCGAGCAGGGCAGCCAUGAAGCCCGGGUCUUCAACUCCAUCCCUCUGGAGGGUCUGCCACAGGCUGAGCUCAUGAAACUCUCCUUCGGGAAGAUCGGCUUCAGCAAGGCCAUGUCCAACAAGUGGAUCCGCGUGGACAAGUCCCACGACGGAGGCCCCAGGAUAUUCAGAACCGUGGAGAGCAUACAUGACCAGGUCAGAGAGAAGCUGCUGCUGGCCAAACGGGGCGACGCCGCGCGGCUCGACGAGAAGGAGAAGAACGAGCUGAAGAAGAGAAAGCUCCUCGCUGAAGUCACUGUUAAGUCUUACUGGAUCACAAAGGGAAACUCCUUCAGCACCACGGUAACCAAACAGGAGACGGAGCUGACUCCUGAGAUGAUUGCCAGUGGCAGCUGGAAAGAGAAGAAGUUUAAACCCUACAACUUUGAGGCAAUGGGCGUGGCCCCCGACUGCGGACACCUCCACCCUCUGAUGAAGGUGCGGACGCAGUUCAGGCAGAUCUUCCUGGAGAUGGGUUUCUCUGAGAUGCCGACCAACAACUUCAUCGAGAGCUCCUUCUGGAAUUUCGACUCUCUGUUCCAGCCUCAGCAGCACCCGGCCAGAGACCAGCACGACACCUUCUUCCUGUCCGACCCGUCACUCGCCCACCACUUCCCCAUGGACUACCUGGAGAGAGUGAAGAAGGUCCACUCAGAGGGCGGCUACGGCUCGCAAGGGUACAAAUACGACUGGAAGAUGGAGGAGGCUCAGAAGAACAUCCUUCGAACGCACACUACAGCUGUUAGCGCGCGCAUGCUGUAUAAGCUAGCACAGCAGGAAAAGUUCACCCCUGUCAAGUAUUUCUCCAUCGACCGGGUGUUCAGGAACGAGACGCUGGACGCCACCCACCUGGCAGAGUUCCACCAGAUAGAGGGCGUGGUGGCCGACUACGGCCUCACGCUGGGGGACCUGAUGGGGGUCCUGCACCAGUUCUUCACCAAACUAGGAAUAACCAAACUGCGCUUCAAGCCAGCUUACAACCCCUACACAGAGCCCAGUAUGGAAGUGUUCAGCUACCAUGAAGGGCUGAAAAAGUGGGUGGAAGUGGGAAACUCUGGGGUGUUCAGGCCAGAGAUGCUGCUGCCCAUGGGCCUCCCAGAGGACGUGUCGGUGAUAGCCUGGGGUCUGUCUCUGGAGAGGCCCACCAUGAUCAAAUACGGCAUCAACAACAUCAGAGAGCUGGUGGGACACAAGGUGAACCUGCAGAUGGUCUACGACAGCCCCAUAUGCCGACUGGACUCCUGAGUUUCACCCUCAUCACAUUACCCACGCCUGGAGCGGACCCGUUUUGCCCCACGCAAAACAUUUCUACAGUGGAAAGCCCUCCACCCACUGGGUUGUCCUAGUCAAAGUCUGAAAGGUGGGGGGAAAUGUUUGGGAUUUCCAACCCAACCCAGAAGUAGCGUAAUAGUGGCCUCCAUCUUUGUUACACCCAGCAAACUCUUUCUGCACCGUCUUGUCCAAUUUGUACAGGGAAAAAAAGAAGAAAAAUAAAUCUUUUUCUAGCAACCCCA